UUUUUUCUUUUUUUGUGAGAUUUUUAGUACAAAAACUAAUUACACAAGUCUUUACUUGCUCUCCCAAAGUACUUUUACUUUUCUUUUUUAAUUAAUUUUAGCCAAACAUGAGGUGCCUCCUUAUGCAGGUGAAGCGAUUCAAACCUCAAUUAGUUUCUGUUAGAAAUGAGUCAUUAGUUAGUGAACUCGAGGAGGCUUUAGCCGAUGUGGAAGAAAAGCCUGAAAUAAUUCCUGGAGAGCAAGGAGUUAUUGAGGUUGCCCGGCACCCUGACGCUGUCACAGUGGUUACAGGAAUAGUUGGCUGCGCAGGAUUGAAGCCUACCGUGGCUGCCAUAGAAGCAGGAAAAGACAUUGCCUUGGCGAAUAAAGAGACACUAAUUGCUGGAGGUCCAUUUGUACUUCCUCUUGCACACAAGCAUAAAGUAAAAAUUCUUCCAGCAGAUUCCGAACAUUCUGCUAUAUUUCAGUGUAUACAAGGCUUGUCGGAGGGUGCCCUCAGGCGCAUUAUUUUGACUGCAUCAGGUGGUGCUUUUAGGGAUUGGCCUGUUGAUAAAUUGAAAGAAGUGAAAGUAGCAGAUGCUUUGAAGCAUCCUAAUUGGAAUAUGGGUAAAAAGAUUACUGUGGACUCUGCCACCCUCUUCAACAAGGGUUUAGAAGUUAUUGAAGCUCACUAUCUUUUUGGGGCCGAAUAUGAUGACAUUGAGAUUGUCAUUCAUCCCCAGUCGAUCAUACAUUCAAUGAUAGAGACACAGGAUUCAUCUGUAUUGGCUCAGUUGGGAUGGCCUGAUAUGCGCUUGCCUAUUCUAUACACUUUAUCUUGGCCCGACAGAGUUUACUGUUCUGAGAUUACUUGGCCUCGUCUUGAUCUUUGCAAGCUUGGUUCUCUUACAUUUAAGGCUCCGGAUAAUGUGAAGUAUCCGUCCAUGGAUCUGGCCUAUGCUGCUGGUCGAGCUGGAGGGACCAUGACCGGAGUUCUUAGUGCGGCUAAUGAGAAGGCUGUAGAAAUGUUUAUUGAUGAAAAGUAAGUAGCUUGAGUCCUUACUAUAUUUGCUGGUUGUGAACUUCUACCUAUAUUCUUUACUGGUGAGUUUUGUGCGGCAUCAUCCAUACGAGUUAUUAAUUAUGCCUAUGAGCUAUCCAUUUGAAAAGGACAAUUGUACGUACAAUCUCCACUGGAACUAAUGAGUCAAGAUGUUUAUGGUCAAAUGUCGGGUCGAGUGGUAUCGGGAGACAUCGUACAAAAUUCGAAAGGUUGAGAUUGUUAAAACAGAUCCAUUUUUGUUACCUAAUCGUCGACCUUUUGGGAUCCCUUAAUCAAACCAAC